CACAUUAGUACCGACCGUUUUGUUCUCUACUUGUAUACGGUACUCUAGGUCGAAUAUUUUUGUAAUGAAAAGGGUAAUUUUAAUUUAAAUGUUAUUUGUAAUUUGAUAUUGGCAUUGGCAACCCUGGGUAUGUUCGUUAUUUACAAUGUAAAUGUUUUGAUAAGAAGAUAAGAGUUGAAUUUUAAUUUUUGUAAAAGCAAAUGGCCUAUUUAGGUACCUAACAUCAAGAUAACACUUUGAAGUAUCGGCGAAUUGUUACAGCUGGAUUGCGACAGGAGACGGCUGCAAGAUGUCCGCGCACUUGGCCGACCUGAGCAGCAGCCUGCUCUCGGUGCUGGAGUGCCCCGUGUGCUUCAUGUACAUGUCGAGCCCCAUCAGGCAGUGCCGCAACGGCCACAACAUCUGCAGCGAGUGUAUCAAGAAGGUGCACAGCUGCCCGACGUGCCGGAGCGAGUUCAUCGAGACCCGCAACCACCCCCUGGAGGAGAUAGCCAGCAAGAUGGAGUUCCCUUGUGAGUUCAAAGGCCAAGGCUGCCCUGUCACACUUAAGUUUGAGGAACUGAAGAAACACAACAAGGUUUGCACUUAUGGGAAUCGCAGGUGUGCUGUCCGAAUGUGCAAGUGGAGGGGGUCAGUGACAAAUUUAAUGGACCACGUGGUCACCGACCAUCCCACACAGCUCAUGCAGAAUGAUGCAGGGUACCACAUGGCACUCGUCACCUGGGACUGGCUGUCGUCAAAGACUAACGGGUGGAUGGUGUUCCUCUUCAAAGACUUCAGAGAGCUGUUCUGGGUGCACGUGAAACAGGAGGUGGCAAACGGGAAGAUGAUGAUGUGUGUGCAGCACGUGACGAGCGAAUGCACCAAGAAGUUCCUUUACGAGAUCAAACUGCAAGGACAGGAAGCUUCGUCCGUGUACUGGGCCCCUGCCAUCGCCGACACUGUCAACACCAACAGCGUGUUUGUGUCGGAGAGAUGUUUCUCUAUCCCGAUCCGUGCGUUGAAACAGUUCAUGAUUGACUCUGAUGUGUUGUUGAAGGUUAAAGUUGAAGCACUUUGAAACUUUUUUUCUUUGUCAUUUGGAAGGUGAUAUAUUUAAAAAUGUUUUUUAUCAUAAUUUCUCUAAACGGAAAUGAAAUAUUUUUCCAAGUCUUUUUUAUGUAAUGUAAGUUGAAUGAUUUUAGUUCUUUGAGCAAAAUAUAUUGUUACAGUGAA